ACUCGUAGUCCUACACAAGGACCCAAAGCUGCACGAGUAGCGCGGACUCCGAGGCAUGGGGAUGAUGGUGAGCGGUGAGCUAGCUGUGUUGGUCAGUGGAGUGAGCCGGUGAGUGAGCCAGUCCAAGACGAGUUCUAGCAGUAACCGAAGCACCCGAGAGGAGGGGAGGACUGAACCGCGCAGCACCUCCUCGCCUCAUCCGCUCCACGCCUCUCCCUUCCACGUGCAGGCAUUGCCUGCUCUCCACUCCAGUCCUCGGUAGGGGGAGGCUCAGGCGCAGAGGCGCUCGCUCCCCAAUUCCAUCUCCGAUUCUGCCACUCCGUUGCAGUGGCGGGGGAGGAGGAGCCCACGACAGGCAAGAAGAGGGGAGAAAAGGGUACGGCAAAUUGGCAAUAGUAAGGUGAGGAAGGCGGUCAGGAGUAACAGGGAGUUCUGCUGCUGUAAUCUCGCAGAUCUUCCCCGCUGCGCUCUGUUUCGCUGGAAUCCAGAGUCGAAAGCGAGGUUCUUGCAAAGGCUUUGGACCCAUGGCCGAGGGGGAGAAAGAUCGUGAUGGGUAAAAUUGGCUGGGUGUCUCUGAUCUUCGCUUUGCAAGCGAAUUAAUCCAGGCGCAUUCCGUUCGUUCCACCGGCUAGCCAAGGAACCGAGUGAUUCGUGAGAAGAAAUCAAGAUCGCGAUGGCGUCGUGGAACACCGUGGGGGAUGUAGCCAACGUCGUGCAGCUGACAGGGCUGGACGCCGCGAAGCUCAUCUCCCUGAUCGUCAAGGCGGCGUCCACGGCGCGGAUGCACAAGCACAACUGCCGCCGGUUUGCGCAGCACCUCAAGCUCAUCGGCGGCCUGCUGGAGACGCUCCGGGUUUCGGAGCUCAGGAAGUACCCGGAGACGCGCGAGCCGCUGGAGCAGCUCGAGGACGCGCUCCGACGGGCCUACCUGCUCGUCAACUCGUGCCAGGAUCGCUCCUACCUCUACCUCCUCGCCAUGGGGUGGAACAUCGUCUACCAGUUCCGCAAGGCGCAGAACGAGAUCGACAACUACCUCCGCCUCGUCCCGCUCAUCACGCUCGUCGACAAUGCUCGCAUUCGGGAUCGGCUUGAAUACAUUGAAAGGGACCAAUGUGAGUAUUCUUUUGACGAGGAAGACAAGAAGGUGCAGGAUGCUCUGUUAAAUCCUGAGCCUUGUACGAAUUCUACGAUAGUGCUGAAGAAGACGCUGUCAUGUUCUUAUCCAAAUUUGCCUUUCAAUGAAGCCCUUCGAAAGGAAAGUGAGAAGCUCCAGGUGGAGCUUCAAAGAUCACAAAGCAACAUGGAUAUGGGCUCAUGUGAGGUUAUUCAACACCUGCUUGGAGUAACUAACACUGUGGCAAGUUCCAUUCCAGAGAAAGGUACUAAUGCUAAGGUUUCUGAAAAAAGUGAUUCAAAUUACACAGAAUUCAAUGAAGAUAGGACAAAGUCGUAUGAUGAUGACUGUCCUAAGAAGCAAAAAGAUGCCUGCAGCGCACCACGAUGUUCUUCACCAGUUUCAUAUGGCCACAAUCUUGUCUCAAGCAGAGUGUCACAAAUGGAUGAGUGGCAUGCAGAUUUACUUGGUUGCUGUUCAGAGCCAGCUUUAUGUCUGAAGACCUUGUUUUUCCCCUGUGGAACAUUUUCGAGGAUUGCUUCAGUCGCCAAGAACAGACCAAUGUCUUCGGAAGAAGCGUGCAAUGAUAUUAUGGCAUACUCCCUAAUAUUGUCCUGCUGCUGUUAUACUUGCUGUGUAAGGAGAAAGCUUCGUCAAAAGCUGAACAUUGCGGGAGGUUGCUUGGACGACUUCCUUUCACAUUUGAUGUGCUGUUGCUGUGCGCUUGUUCAAGAAUGGCGGGAAGUUGAGAUUCGUGGAGCUUACGGUGAAAAGACAAAGAUUACCCCACCACCAUGUCAAUAUAUGGAACACUGAGCGACAAUGAGGGGAGACCCGGACUUCUGUAAGAUAUUGACAAUGUAAGGAACACUGAGCAACAGUGGCAAAUUAUUAUGUUGUAUUUAUGCGUAGUUUCUA